CAUCAAGAUGUUUGCUGUUCAUCUUAUUUCCUUCUUCUUCUCCAAACUCCAGGAGGACCCCACAAAGAAGGUGGACAGGUUUCUGUACGCCAUGCGUCUCCAUGACGACCAGUUAAGUGACAUCUCGGCUCGUUUCCAGGCUGAAAUGAGGAAGGGGCUUUCAGCAGAAAGCAACGCUGCAGCAUCAGUGAAGAUGCUGCCAACACAUGUCCGCUCCACUCCUGAUGGAUCAGAGAAAGGACAGUUUCUGGCAUUGGAUCUUGGAGGCUCUAGGUUUAAGGUGCUCCAAGUUAAAGUGAGAGAGGGUAUGGGGAUUAGGAGGGGAGGAGUGGAGAUGGUGGAGAAGACCUACCCCAUACCUAAGGAGCUACUCAUUGGGAAAGGAACAGAGCUAUUUGACCACGUGUCAGAGUCUCUAAAGGACUUCCUGCAUGAGAAGAACAUCACUUUGGAGAAGAAACAUCCUCUGGCCUUCACGUUCUCUUUCCCCUGUGAACAGUCCACCUUAAAUCAGGGAUUAUUGGUAAACUGGAGUAAAAACUACAGGGCUCGAGGCCUCCAGGGUAAAGAUGUGGUCCAGGCCCUCAGAGAAGCAAUAGACAGAACUGGGGGUAUGGAUGUAGAGGUGUUAGCCAUGGUUAACGACACUGUAGCAACCAUGAUGACCUGCGGUUUUGAUGACCAGUACUGUGAUGUAGGACUCAUUAUCGGCACUGGCACCAAUGCAUGCUAUAUGGAGGAGCUGCGUCACGUUGACCUGGUGGAGGGAGACGAGGGCAGGAUGUGUGUGAACACUGAGUGGGGAGCCUUCGGAGACGACGGGGCUUUGAAUGAUUACAUCACAGAGUUUGACAGGGAUGUGGAUGCAGCCUCCAACAACCCUGGAAAACAAAUCCUAGAGAAGAUGGUCAGUGGGAUGUAUCUGGGCGAGUUAGUGAGGCUGGUUGUAUUAAAGAUGGCUAAACUCGGACUGCUUUUUGAUGGACAUGUGUCUGAUGCCCUGAGAACUAAAGGGAAGAUAACCACGGCACAUGUAGCAGCCAUGGAGGAAUACAAAAAUGGUCUGAAGAACACCAGAAACAUUCUCAUGGAUCUUGAUUUGACUCCGACAUCCGAUGACUGUGUUGCUGUUCAACAUGUCAGCACCAUAGUGUCCUUCAGGUCCUCAAAUCUGGUGGCUGCAGGACUUGCUGCCAUUUUGACUCGAAUAAAGCAAAACCGGAAUUUGAGGACAGUAAGGAUCACUGUAGGUGUGGAUGGAACUCUGUACAAGACGCAUCCACAGUAUCCUUCCCGUCUCCAUAAAGUAGUGCGCCGGCUGCUUCCUGAGUGCCAUGUCAGGUUUGCCCUCUCAGACAGCGGCAGCAGCAAAGGAGCUGCCCUGGUAACAGCAGUCGCCCAACGACUGGCAUCACGAAGGCGGCAGGUGGAUGAGACGCUGUCUCCAUUCAGACUGAGCCAAGAGCAGCUCCAGUUGGUCAAGACCAGGAUGAGGACGGGGCUGGAGGCAGGGCUCAAGAGUAAAGGCCCCUCUACUAUCAAGAUGCUGCCUUCUUUUGUGUACCGUACACCUGACGGCACAGAACAUGGAAAGUACCUCGCCUUGGAUCUGGGAGGGACAAACUUCAGAGCUUUGCUGGUGAACUUUAAAAAAGGUCUGCAACAGAACACCCGGCUAUACCACAAGAUCUACACCAUACCGCUGGAGAUAAUGCAGGGAAGUGGAGAAGAGUUGUUUGAUCAUAUAGCGCAGUGUGUAAGUGACUUCCUGGACUACAUGGGGAUGAAGAACGCUCAUCUUCCUGCAGGCUUCACCUUCUCUUUCCCCUGCGAGCAGACAUCUAUUGACACGGGCACAUUGGUGAGCUGGACCAAAGGCUUCAAGGCCACAGACUGUGAAGGACAUGAUGUUGUGAGCAUGCUGAGGGAUGCCAUCAAGAGACGCAACGAGUUUGACUUGGACAUUGUAGCAGUAGUCAAUGACACAGUGGGGACCAUGAUGAGCUGUGCCUAUGAAGACCCUGAGUGUGAAAUUGGACUGAUUGCUGGAACUGGCACUAAUGUUUGUUACAUGGAGGAGCUGAAGAACAUUGAAAAAAAGGUGGGGGAUGCUGAGAUACCAAAGAUGUGUAUAAACACAGAGUGGGGAGGUCUGGGUGAUGAUGGCUCUCUCAAUGACAUCAUCACACCUUAUGACAUUGAGGUUGACCAAAGCUCACUGAACCCUGGAAAACAAAGGUUUGAAAAGCUGACCAGUGGGAUGUAUUUAGGAGAAGUUGUUCGUCAGGUAUUGUUGGAUUUAACCAGAGGAGGUUUGCUGUUCAGAGGACACGUCACUGAAGCUUUGAAAACACCUGGAAUAUUCCAAACCAAAUACCUGUCACAAAUAGAGAGUGACCGCCUGGCUCUACUGCAGGUCCGAUCUAUUCUCCAACAGCUGGGGCUCGACAGCACCUGUGAUGACAGCAUCAUUGUCAAAGAGGUAUGUGGAGCAGUGUCACGUCGUGCAGCUGUGCUGUGUGGGGCAGGAAUGGCGGCCGUGGUCGAUAAGAUCAGAGAGAACCGAGGCCUGGACCAUCUAAACAUCACUGUAGGGGUGGACGGUGCACUCUACAAACUACAUCCACAUUUUGCUGAAGUCCUUCAAGAGACUGCCAGAGUUUUGGCUCCUCAGUGUAACGUGACUUUCCUGCCAUCCGAAGAAGGCAGCGGAAAGGGUGCUGCCCUCAUCACAGCUGUGGCCAGACAAAAGCUCUAAUGCCAAGUUCCAUCAGCACCGCUGUUCUCGUUGCAAUUGUCGCCUUUUGAUAAUUGUGUGUUUGUUACUGUU